AUGGUCAUUCAAUCCCGCUGGAACAUACCCGUCGCGCCCGUCUCGCUCCCGACCUUCAUCUUCGACUCGCCGCACGGCGAGCUGCCCAAGACAGCUGCCUAUCUGUCGGCAGUAGAGCCGGACAAGCACUUUCUCUCCCUCGACGACUACCGCCUGUAUGCGAAGCGCCUGGCGUCUGGCCUGCGGCGCGCGGGCUUGCAGCCUGGCGAGCGCGUGCUGCUGUUCUCGGGCAACACGCUUUUCUUCCCGUCCGUGAUCAUGGGCGUCAUCAUGGCCGAGGGUGUCUUUACGGGCGCAAAUCCGACGUACGUUGCGCGCGAGCUGGCAUACCAGCUGAAAGACUCGGGCGCCAAGUACCUGAUUUGCGCGGAAGCAAGCCUGGACACGGGGCUGGCGGCGGCACUAGAAGUUGGUAUGGCGGCGGACCGCGUGUUUAUCUUCGACGACGGGACCGCAACGUUUGAGGGCCGCAAGGUGGAGAAGGAUACCCAGUUGGGCCGCGUACGGCACUGGACGUCUCUCCUCGAUACGGAGCAGAAUGGCCAUACGUACGCCUGGCCCGAUCUCAAGACGCCAGAAGAGCUAGACAGGACGGUGGCGCUCAACUACUCCAGCGGCACCACGGGCGUAGCCAAAGGUGUCAUGAUCACGCACCGCAACUACGUCGCAAACUGCACGCAGCAGAUCUACAUGCAAACGCUGUCGCCCAAGUACCAGCAGAGCCUACCCAAGAAGCGGCUGCUGUGCUUCCUGCCCAUGUACCACGCCAUGGCACAGGCCAUAUUCUGCGUCAACGCAAUCAAGCAGCGCAUCCCUGUGUACGUGCUGCAGAAGUUCGACUUCCUGGAGAUGCUCACGUACGUGCAAAAGUACGGCAUCACGGAUCUCGUGCUUGUACCGCCUGUGCUGGUCGCCAUGGCCAAGCACCCAGCGACCAAGAAGUUCGACCUCAGCAGCGUCGAGAAUGUGAGUAGCGGCGCCGCACCGCUAGGAAGGGAAGCCUCCCAAGAAUUUGAAAAGCUGUGGAAGAACGGACAAGUCAACGUCCGGCAAGGAUGGGGCAUGACCGAAGUAACGUGUGCGGCGACCAUGUUCGAUCCGUCCAAAUACUCAGCGUCCUUCUCCGUGGGCGAGCUGGUGCCCAACUGCGAAGCCAAGAUCGUGCUCGACGACGAGGGCAAGGUCGAAGCGCGGCAGGGCGAGCGGGGGGAGAUAUGGGUGCGAGGGCCGAACGUGAUGAAGGGGUACUGGAACAAGCCUGACGCUACCGAGGGGACGUUUGGGCCGGGGAGGUGGUUGAAGACGGGGGACGUAGCUUAUGUGGAUGAGGAAGGGAACUUCUUCAUUGUGGAUCGCAAGAAGGAGCUCAUCAAGGUCAAGGGGCUGCAGGUUGCGCCGGCGGAGCUGGAGGCCAUGUUGCUGGAUCAUCCGGAAGUGCAGGACGCGGCUGUUAUCGGCGUGCCUCACAAUGGCGAUGAAGCGCCGAGGGCGUAUAUCGUGCCUCAGAAUCCCGACAAAGCCACGCCUGAGCUCGCCGAAGCUAUCAGGUCGUGGCUUACAGAGCGCGUGUCGAGACAUAAGCGGCUGGAGGGUGGUGUGCAUUUCAUUGAUGCGGUGCCUAAGAAUCCAUCUGGGAAGAUUCAGAGGAAGCUAUUGAGGGAGCAGGCUGCGCUUGCGGAUACGAAGGCUAAGUUGUAG